CCCUUGGAAAAGGAUCGAGUAACAUCAACCGCAAGGAGUUUAACCAUUUAUACCGUUAAUGUAAACAAGAACAACAUGAAUUCUGUCAAGGGAAUAUUAUUAUGGUUAUUUUCCUUCGUAGUCGCAUUCACCCUCGUAGAAUGCAAAAAGGAGCUUAUCCUCUCCGAGCGAGUACAGCAACUUUCUGAUGCUGGCUUAAAGAAGCCUGUAUUAAGAUUCAACAGUGAGAAGUUCCGACAGUAUGUGAAGAGCACUCCUCGCAAUUACUCCGUGAUUGUUAUGUUCACAGCAUUAGCUCCGUCAAGACAAUGUGGAAUCUGCAGACAAGCCCACGAGGAGUUCCAGUUGGUGGCUAACUCUUGGCGUUAUUCUCAAGGUUAUUCCAGCAAGCUGUUCUUUGCUCUUGUUGACUUUGAUGAAGGUCCUGAUGUCUUCCAGCAGUUACGUCUGAACUCUGCUCCUGUGUUCAUGCACUUCCCAGCCAAGGGCAAGCCAAAGAAGGUCGAUACUUUAGACAUCCAGAGAGUUGGCUUUGCAGCAGAAAAUAUCGCUCGCUGGGUUGCAGAACGGACAGAUAUACAGAUACGAGUUUUCCGUCCACCCAACUACUCUGGACUUCUCGCACUGGUUGUGUUAUUGGCACUUGUUGUUGGGCUGUUGUACCUACGGAAGAACAACCUCGACUUCCUCUAUAACAAAACUACCUGGGCUCUUGGUGCUCUGGCCUUCACCUUCGCCAUGACUUCGGGCCAGAUGUGGAACCAUAUCCGCGGACCUCCCUUCCUCCAGAAAACUCAGGCCGGGAACAUUGCCUACAUCCACGGGUCUUCACAGGGACAGUUCAUUGUUGAAACGUAUAUCGUAGCUGUACUAAAUGCAGCUGUUGUGUUAGGAAUGAUUCUCAUGACCGAGGCAGCAAACAAGCGAGAUGAUGUGCGCAAACGGCGCAUCUAUGCCAUCAUUGGACUUGGUCUCGUAGCCUUUUUCUUCUCUUUGUCACUCUCAAUCUUCCGAUCGAAGGCACAUGGUUACCCAUACAGGUGA